UUAUGAGGUCCAAGUGAUUCCAGACAUUUAAAAUAAAUCUAAACAAAUCAAAUAACACAAAAAGAAGCUGCCCAGCAGUUGAGGGAAGAAUGGAAAGACUCUGUGGCUUUGUGAACCAUUGAGAUUUUAGCCAAUAGGUACCUGUCGUGCAAUCCUUUUGCUGGCUGGCACUGUACCUCUCACUGGCAUUUAUUUUGCUGUUGUUCUGACUAUCUGUUCCUCAUCAGAAUGUGCUUGAAAAACAUGGAUAACGCAUCCUCUCAGCAUGUCAUACCAAUCAGAAUGUGCUGGCACACUUAAAAAGGCUUGUAACAAUGCUGUAUAAAUCUGGGGACUGACAUUGGACUGUGGUUACGACACCUUUGACGGACCGACUUCUCUCCUGGACUGAGCACUGAGCACCUCCCUUAUUAUUAAGCACCUGCCUGCUUGUGGUUUGCCUAAAGAAUAAAAGCAGUACAGCAGGGGGCACGCUGCAGCUUUUUAAUCCACAGAUAAACCCACUGAGAAAAGAAGAAGUAACGCGUUCACCGGUUGUGGCUAGAAGGGAUACAGCAGUGGCCAAAAUCUCGCCGGAGGAGCGCUGUUUUUAUCCUAAUCCUACCCAGAAACUUAACCCUAAAACCAAAAUCUCGCGAGAAUUUUCCGUAGCUGUAUUCCCUCUAGCCUUUUUGCGUAUCCUCAUUGUUUUUCUCUCUUGGGUGUUUUAUUGAGAGUAAAUAGAGUAUUGUCGCUGUGUAUUUUAGUGUAUAUCGAUGAUGAGAAAUGAAAUGGAUAUGAUGUGCUGUAAAUCAGUUGGAACUGAUCUGUCCAUGCUGGAUAUUGAUGAUUUCAUUACAGAAAUCUCUGUGCUGAAGAAAGAAAUGGCGUUACUGGAGGCAAAGUUGAGGUCAAGAGGAGAUGAAGAAGUGAAGAGAGAGGAUGUGGAUGUGUUUUGUUGUGAAUCUUCAGUGUAUGUGACUGACGGGAUCUCCACAGAAUGUCAGGAUCAAAGCUCAUCACAGUUACUGCUGGACAAACUCUCUGAAGAGAAAUCCAGACACACACAGGACUCAAAGUUCAGUCUCACUUUACUCUGUUAUACUGAGUCAAAGCCCACAGACGCUCAGGACACUGCAGUGUGUGACAGUAUUCAGGGUUUAAAGGAUGAGGAAUCUACUGAUCAAACCUCCACAGAGUCUCUGGAUUCUGCAUGUAACGCUGGAGAACAGCAGCAGAUCCAGCAGACCACACUGAAAAUGGAGAUAAAAAUAGAACCUAUUGAAGAGGAAGAGGACUUUAUUCUGCCAGAUGAGAAGAGUGAUUCAUGUUCUGAUGAAGGAAGGUCCUCCACAUCGAAUGAGCGACUGACAGCACAAACUCAAGAGAAGAAACUUUAUUCAGAAGAGCAAAGAGAGAUGUUAUUUCACUGUGAGCAGUGUGGGAAGAAUUUUGUUGACUUGUCUCAGCUUAAAGGCCACUUGAGGACACACAGUGAUGAAAAGCCUUUCUGUUGCACUGAAUGUGCCGUAUGUUUCAGAACCAAAUUUAGUCUUGAUGCUCAUAAGAGAAUUCACACAGGAGAAAAUGCAUACAAGUGCAGCGAAUCUGAAAAAACUAGGGAUUCAGGUUCAUUACAACCACACCAGAAUAUUCACUCUAAAGAGAAACUAUAUCAAUGUUCACUCUGUGAUAAACGUUUUCAUCUGAAAUAUCUUCAGAUACGCCAUGAAAAAAUUCACACUGGAGAGAAACCUUAUCACUGUAGUGUUUGUGGGAAGAGCUUCAAUCAACGUUUCAACUUAGUGUUACACCAGAGAACUCAUACAGGUGAAAAACCUUACAAAUGCUCUCAGUGUGAUAAGACGUUUGCUUCAUCAAGUAACUUAAAUGCCCAUCAGAAAGUUCAUACUGGAGAGAAACCUCAUCACUGUAGUGAUUGUGGGAAGAGUUUUAUUCAACGUUUAAAUUUAGUGUCACACCAAAGAAUUCAUACAGGUGAAAGACUUUAUAAAUGCUUUCAGUGUGAGAAGACGUUUGCUCAACUAGAUGUCCUGAAAACCCAUCAGAGAGUUCAUACAGGAGAAAAACCUUUCGUCUGCUCUCACUGUGGAAAAAGCUUCUCUGAUCGAUCUCAUUUCAGAGUUCAUCUGAGAAUUCACACAGGAGAAAAACCUUACGUCUGCUCUCACUGUGGAAAAAGCUUCUAUGAUCGAUCUCAUUUCAGAAUUCAUCAGAGAGUUCACACUGGAGAGAAACCUUAUCACUGUAAUGUUUGUGGGAAGAGUUUCAGUCGAAAUGACAUUUUAGUGAAACACCAGAGAAUUCAUACAGGUGAAAAACCUUACAAAUGCUCCCAGUGUGAUAAGACGUUUGCUCGACAAGAUAACCUGAGAACCCAUCAGAGAGUUCAUACGGGAGUGAAACCUUAUUACUGUACUGCUUGUGGGAAGAGUUUUAAUCAAAAUGGCGAUUUAGUGACACACCAGAGAACUCAUACAGAUGAAAAACCUUACAAAUGCUCUCAGUGUGAGCAGACGUUUGCUUGAUCAUAUUUGCCUGAAGAUCCAUCAGUUCAAUUCAAUUUUAUUUAUUUAUCACUUUUAACAAUUGUUCAACAUACAAAAACAGCUUCCCAUGAAAUACAAACAAAGAAAACUUAGAAAAGCAAAGAACAACAGAGCAUGGCAGUUUUAAAUAUAGUUUAGGAUGGAGUGUUAGAAGUUACAUGGAGUCAUUUCUUAUUUAAUAAUGUACAACUACUUUAUUACAAGAAGAGGAUAGGGCCUAGAAUUGAUCCCUGUGGUACACCAUAUUUCAGUCCUUCCAGAAAAACGUGGAGUUUUUUUGUGAUUGUUGCGGGCAAAAAUCCUUGAUUUUGCAGCAGGGUUUCUUAAAAAAAUGCGAUGGAAUAUGCGGGAUAUUUAUUCAAUUUAUGCGAUGGAAGUGCGGGAAUUUGCGAAAAUUGCAGAACUUGCAAAAACUGUGGAAAUUUACAAAAGCUGCAAUGAUGUUCACGUCACAUAAUCACGUCACUUCAUAACGUUCCCAUGGCAACAGAGGACACGGCAGCGUUUGUGUGAAGUAAAUGCAACAUUUUUCAACUUUCUGCUAGUAUAUAUGUGACUUUUUGCUACGAAAAUGCGGGGAUUAUGAAAUCAUGCAAGCCCCGCAUAUUUUGUGCCCGGAAAUCUGUAAUUAAUGCGGCGAAAGUGCGUCAUAUUUGGAAAAAAUGCAGCCCCGCAUAAAUAUGUGGACUUUGGCUGAUUAUGCAAUAAAUCGUGCGAUUGCACAAUCGCGUUUUUCUGGAGGGACUGAUAUUUAACCUGAGAGUUACAUGAUUUUUCCUCAUUUAUGUAAUUAAAGUGAUAGACUUACCAUUAUUAUCAAGAUGUCGUCUUUAUCAUAUUUCACAAUACUACCAUAAUAUUUGUUUUCUUACUAUGGAAGUCAAUGGUUACAGCAGCUGUGUGCCUCCCAUCAUUUAUCAAAAUUAUUGUGUUAACAGUUUCGUUUUAUAACUUAAGCUGUGACCCCCCCCCCCCCAUGUUCUUUACUGAUUGUUCGUCAGUAACUUCAGAUUUAGUAACUUUAUUUACAAAGUAAAAAUAACUAUUUUUGCAAAUUAAUGUACUAUAUAUUAAUUUGCAGAGUUACUUCUGUAAAAAUCAAAUGAUUUUUUUUUUACAAAUGUGGACAUUAUAUCUGAUUUCAACAACGGAUGAUUUAAACUGAUUUCCAGCACAAAUAAAAAACCCUGAGCUGCUCGUGAGGUCCAAGUGAUUCCAGACAUAUAAAAUCUAAACAAAAUCAAAUAACACAUAAAGAAGCUGCCCAGCGGUCAAGGGAGGAAUGGAAAGACUCUGUGGCUUUCUGAACCAUUGAGAUUUUAGCCACCAAGUACCUGUCGUGCAAUCCUUUUGCUGGCUGGCACUGUACCCUUCAGAAUGUGCUGCCACACUUAAUAAAAGGCUUGUAACAAUGCUGUAUAAAUCUGGGGACUGUUAGCCUGGCUAACACUAGACCAGUUUCAUAAAGAAUGAACCACAUGUUAAUUUUC